GGGGUCGUGCUUUGGGGGUCGGAGUCAGGCCCCGGGCAGGCCUGCGGACGCCUUAGGUUCUGAUUCGGAGAAUCCGGAGGAGGGACCUCCGACGUGGGUUCCCCGCCGUCCUAUGCCCCCUAGGUCACGUGGGCCAACUAAAAUUUAGCAUUCACCGUGCAUUACUGCAUUUAAAGGCUUUAAAACUGUUACCUUCUUCAGUAUGUUACGGAUACCCACUUUGAUAGAGAAACCAGGGCCCAGAGAGGUGGAGUAAUUUGCCCAACGAUCCACAGCCGGUGACUGUAGGAGCCAGGGUUGGAACCCAAAACUGGCUUCAAAGCUCAAAGCACCUUUCGGUGCAAUAUUCAAGGUGUAGAACUGUGCAUCUAAUAAAACCCUUGUGCUAUGAGUUGACGCCUCCAUCCCUUCCUCCUCCAUUCUAUCCCUUCCCUCAAUCCAGGCCAAGAAAACAGCGUUUACGUUCUGCCCCCAAGAUGACGCUUUUAACCUAACCGAGAAUUCUACAGUUAUUAUGAUGAUUAGCUAGCGGAUUUGUUCCCCACUGGGACACUGAUUUAGUUUCCUGCUUGAGGAAGUGUUCACACAGGCCGUGGAUCCGGUAUCCAGCCAGAACCGGCCCUCCUUGGGCUGCCCUGCUCCGAGCUGUGCUGUGGUCACCAAGGCAGGCUGCAUGGGGAAGGCCUUUCCACAGGCUGUGGCGCUGCAGUGGGCAGGAUCCUAGGAGGUGGGCGGGGAGCAGGCCUCUGCCAUCCAAGAAGAACCCGCUGGGCACAGAGACUGAGAAAUUUCAGAUGGUGUACCGGUUUGAUGCCAUCAGGGUCUUCGGGUACCUCUCUCAGCUGAAGGUGGCACAGACAGCGUUGACAGUGGUGGCCCUGCCGCCUGGCAUCUACUGGUACUCCCAGGGCCUCAUGACCUUCAACUCCCUGUGCCUGGCAGGCGCAGUUGCCAGCUUCGCGCUGGCCAUGUUGUGCUGGAUGAGCCAUUUCUUCCGGAGGCUGGUGGGCAUCCUCUAUGUGAAUGAAUCAGGCACGGUGCUGCGGGUGGCCCACCUGACCUUCUGGGGCCGGCGACAGGACACGUACUGCCCCGUGGCCGACGUGGUCCCCAUGACAGAAAGCCACGAUCGGCCUCAGGAGCUGUUUGUGCGGAUCCGGCAGUACAGUGGGAAACAGACCUUCUAUCUCACCCUACGCUACGGACGCAUCCUGGACCGGGAGCGUUUCAUGCAGGUGUUUGGGGCGCUGGACUCACUCAAGUGAAGGACUGGGAGCCAGGCCGCCUGGGUCUCCCGUAGGAAGGCUCAGGGAAGGGUGAGGCUGAAGUGGGGAAGUCAGGCAGCUGGAAACUGUCAGGACCCCAGGGACUUGUCUUCUGGAAUUGAGAAAUUCACAAGGUAGAAGCUAGCAACCAGGUUUAGGAAAGAGGCCCUGAGUGCAAAUUCUUAACUGCACUUAUGUAUGACAUUGACAACGGCCAGAAGUUUCUGUUAAGAGCCAGAUCUUGGAGGAAGCUAUGCCAGGCUCGUUCCAACAGUGCACUGCUGGGAAAUCAAAGACAGAGAGGUGGGGGUGUGUCAGAAGACCUGGGUCCCUCCAUUCUCAAAUCCCUGUCCUGAGGCGGGUUAUCAAGUCUCUCAGAUUGUUCUCACAUUUUGUAAAGUGGAAAAAUCCUGUCUCCUGGGAUGGGUGUGAAAAUAAACGAUAUCACUUAGUGCAGAGUUGCUAGUGCUGCAAAAGGCUUCUAUGCCUGUGCUGCGCCCCCUGGUGGCCCCAGAUCCGAAGGGACUGGGAUGAAGCCUGGAGGUGGGUCCUUGGCGCCAGCCCCUCAGGGCACAGGGUCUGGGGUGGGGGUGUCCUCCAAGCAAGUUCACAUCCAGAGGUCUAGGGGCUCUCACAUGGGCAGGCUCUGCAACGUGAUAAAGUCAGAUGAGUGAUAUGCUGGAGCCGUACUUUAUAAACUAAAGCUAGCUAUAUGCAGUGCCCCUGGUAAUUAGUAAUAUGUUUACUACAUAAUCUGUAACAAAGGGCAAGUCAUGAUCUUUAUAAUUCUGCCACUGAAAAGUCAAAAAUCACUAGGAUUUGUUUUGUGGCCUUCUAGUCUUUUUUAAGAACUGUAGUAAAACAAACAUAAAUGUAUCCUUUCAACCAUUUCAAAGUGUACAAUAAGUGAUAUUAAGUACAUUUACAGGGAGUUCCCGUCGUGGUGCAGUGGUUAACGAAUCCCACUAGGAACCAUGAGGUUUCGUGUUCGAUCCCUGGCCUCGCUCAGUGGGUUAAGGAUCUGGCGUUGCCGUGAGCUGUGGUGUAGGUCGCAGACUCGGCUCGGAUCCCAAACUGCCGUGGCUCUGGUGUAGGCCGGCGGCUACAGCUCCGAUUCGACCCCUAGCCUGGGAAGCUCCAUAUGCCGCAGGAGCAGCCCAAGAAAUGGCAAAAGAAAUUUAAAAAAAUUAAAAAUUAAAAAAUACAUUUACAGUGUUGUUCAA